CACUUUUAUAAUGUGUCACAUUUGACGUUUGAUAACAGCUCUGUUGUCAUAAAUAAAUUCUUAAGGAAAAUAGACAAUGUUUAAUUCAGAUAAUUUUCACAAAUAGGAAUUUUAAAAUCUAAUUAAAAUAUUAACCAAUCGAAAAAACAUGGAUUCUUCACUUGAGAUGUUCGAUGAUGUUCCACAAAGCCUGGAAGGCGAUAUGUCCGUCCCUUCGAGAAGCAAAAACACGUCACAACCGGGAGCUCCUGACUUUAAUACUCUAGAUGAACCCAUCAAGGAGACAAUGCUGCGAGAUAUUCGGGCAGUUGGUGUGAAGUUCUAUCAUGUUCUCUAUCCAAAAGAAAAAUCAAGUUUAUUACGAGAUUGGGAUCUAUGGGGACCACUGGUAUUGUGCACCUUUAUGGCAACAAUCCUUCAGGGAUCUUCUGAUAGUAUUAACGAUGGUGGUCCAGAAUUCGCACAGGUGUUUGUGAUUGUUUGGAUCGGAGCAGCAAUUGUGACUUUAAACUCGAAACUUCUUGGAGGCAAUAUAUCGUUCUUUCAAUCAGUGUGUGUCUUAGGCUAUUGCCUAACUCCAGUCGCUGUCGCCUUGAUAGUUUGUCGGGUGAUUCUUCUCGCAACACAGACUAAACUUCUGUUCUUUUUACGAUUAGUAACAACUAUGAUUGGAUUCUUUUGGGCUACUUACGCUUCUUUCGUAUUUUUGGGUGAAAGUCAGCCUCCAAACCGUAAAGCUCUUGCCGUCUAUCCAAUAUUUUUAUUCUUCUUUAUUGUAUCGUGGCUUGUUAUAUCACAUAAUUAAGUAAAUAAAUUCCAUUUAUACAAAUAAA